UUUUUGGAUUAUGAAAUCAUCCACACACAAACAAAGACAAAAGCACAAUUUCGUUUUAUAGAAGAGUCCAUUUGAAAUUUAUGAGUAUUGAACAUUUCUCUCUCUCUCUCCUUCCACCACUCUUCCACCUCUUUUCCUUCUUACAAGUACAAAUACAAGAACAUCACCCUCCUUUUCUUUGGCGGCUAUUCAUCAAGGAAGAAGACAUUCUUUCAUUUCUCCACCAUCAACUUCUUUUCUCUCUAUCUUCUUCUUCUGCCAUGGACAAUGUGAGCGGUCCAAGUUUAUAUCCGUUGCACCGCUGCAAAACUAUUCACCUGGUGAGGCAUGCACAAGGACUUCAUAAUAUAGAAGGCGAGAAGAAUUACAAGGCAUAUAUGAAAGCUGAAUAUUUUGAUGCACCCCUGACUCCACUAGGUUGGCAGCAGGUUGAUAGUUUACGCAGGCAUGUUCAUGAUUGUGGCCUGUAUAAGAGGAUUGAGGUAGUCAUAACAUCUCCUUUGCUAAGGACUAUGCAGACAGCAGUUGGUGUUUUUGGCGGUGAGGGCUAUACUGAUAGGAUGGAUGUGCUGCCUAUGAUGGUGGCAAAUGCUGGAAACAGUGACCGUUCUGCCAUUUCAAGUCAAAACUGCCCACCUAUUAUUGCUGUUGAGCUUUGUCGUGAGCAUAUGGGAGUUCAUCCUUGCGACAAGAGGAGACAUGUUCAUGAAUAUCAGUGUCUUUUUCCUGCAAUUGACUUCUCGCAGAUAGAAACCGAUGAAGAUACACAGUGGAAGGCUGAUGUUCGCGAAACAAAAGCGGAAGUUGCAGCUAGGGGAAUAAACUUUAUGAAUUGGUUGUUGACAAGAGAGGAGAAGGAAAUAGCAGUUGUAACCCAUAGUGGUUUCCUAUUUCAUACUCUAAGUCUAUAUGGAAAUGACUGUCAUCCUCUGAUUAAGGAAGAAAUGUGUAAACGCUUUAAGAAUUGCGAGGUUCGUUCGUUGGUCCUCACUGAUAGGAAUAUGACAGGUUCUGAUGCAUCAAUCACGAAUUAUCCUGGAAAGAUACCCGACGGACCAGAUCUUCCUAGUGAUGUUGCUGAUGAAAACAUAAACAAUCAUCAUUGAAUGUAAUGGAUUUAAUGGAUUCCUGAUGGUAUUUGAGCGAAAAAUAUUCGGGAUCAACACCAAAUUCAAGGUUGAUAACACGAAAAAUGGAAUUCAUACUGGAAAGUUUUAAGUUGCCUGUAUGAUGAUGACGAAAUCUUCUUCGAGACACUACUGUUCAUUUAGCAAUGCAUAUUUGGGUAAUCUGCAGCUUAGUUUUACAAGGAUUGAAUUGAUCAUUUCUUGAUUAUACAAGUACUGUGUUAACAUAGUUGCAGAGGAAUUUGAACUCCAUUGGCAGGGUGUGUAUUCUUAACGUACGAUAUGUACUAGUGAAAAUGAUCUAUCAAUCUCCAAAUGUUUAUAACCCUGGCGUUUAUGUUGGCAUUUUCGAACCAUUGAAGUCUUGAUAAUCUAUGUCUAUACUAUAUAUACUUUUGAAGAAUUGAGUUGAAUUAUCAUAAUAUUGGUUAAUAUAUUA